GAUGUUGAAUCUGACGGUGCUAAGGCCUUCGAGAAGGCAGCUGAAGCCACAGACGACGUCCCCUUCGCCUUGGCCGCCAACGAUGACAUUUUCGCCAAGUUCGAGGUAUCCAAGGACAGCGUUGUCCUCUUCAAGAAGUUUGAUGAAGGGCGAAACACCUUUGACGGAGAGCUGACCAAAGAAGACCUCCUGGCUUUUGUUAAGUCCAACCAGCUGCCUCUGGUCAUCGAGUUCACCGAGCAGACCGCCCCGAAAAUCUUCGGUGGAGAAAUCAAGUCCCACAUCCUCAUGUUCCUGCCCAAAACUGCUAAAGACUUUGAUGACAAAAUGGACGAAUUUAAGAAAGCCGCAGAGGGAUUCAAGGGCAAGAUCCUGUUCAUCUUCAUCGACAGCGACGUGGAUGACAACCAGCGCAUCCUGGAGUUCUUCGGCCUGAAGAAAGAGGAGUGCCCCGCCAUCCGCCUCAUCACUCUGGAGGACGAGAUGACCAAGUACAAGCCCGAGAGUGAGGCCAUCACAGCAGAGAGCAUCAUCGGCUUCUGCAAACUGUUCGCUGAGGGCAAACUCAAGCCCCACCUCAUGAGUCAGGACAUCCCUGAAGACUGGGACAAAACCCCCGUCAAGAUUUUGGUUGGAAAGAACUUUGAGGAGAUCGUCUUCCAUCCCUCCAAGAACGUCUUUGUGGAGUUCUAUGCACCUUGGUGUGGACACUGCAAACAGCUGACUCCCAUCUGGGAGAAGCUGGGAGAGAAGUUUAUGGACAGCGCUGACAUCGUCGUGGCUAAAAUGGACUCCACAGCCAAUGAGAUCGAGACGGUCAAGGUCCACAGUUUCCCCACCCUCAAAUUCUUCCCCGCAGGAGACGAGCGCAAGGUGAUCGAUUACAACGGGGAGAGAACACUGGAGGGCUUCAGUAAGUUCCUGGAGAGCGGCGGUAAAGAUGGUGGCGCCCCCGCAGGAGACGACGAUGACGAUAUGGAUGCAGAGGAUUUAGAUGAUGUGGACGAAGGACAGGACAUGGAUUCUGAUGGCGAGGACGACGACGGUCACGACGAGUUGUAAGAGCUGGCAGAGGAGAGAGAGGAGACGAGUCCCGCCCCUACCCUCCGACCAUCACCACCAUCACUUCCUUGUGGCCCUCCCCUCCCCUGUGAACAUUAAUACUUCCCCUUUAACUUCCUCUCAGUCAUCCAUCAGUGGCGUGGCAGGGCUUUUUUUUUUUUGCCAGCCACAUCUCCAACCUCACAACAUCUGGCCAGACUCGUCUUGUC